AUGACUCGGAUAUUCAACAGAGGUUCUACCCGCCAGAUUUCCUUUCAAUCUUUGAAAGGGCUAUUUGGAGGAUCAUCCACGAGUUCCAAUAUAUCGAAGCCGGUGACGAGUCUGCCCAAAGUGACUGGCCUGGGACCUUUUUCCGAAAAACCCAAAUUCGAACCAAUUGGCACACCAGCCAACUUGCUGAACAUCAAAUUGCCCACAAGCUCCAUUUUGAACCUACGGUUGGAUACAAAUCAGCAUAAGACUCUCGCCAUCACGGGUGAUGUUUCUUCCCUAGUGGUAGAGUUGGGGAAGUUGAGCAACUCGAACAAAUUGAUAUAUCAGAGGUGUUUCAACCCCUCAAACCCAUUGUCAAUCUUAUUAUCUAGUAAAUCGGGCAAUGGCAAUUUUCUAGUGUUGGAGUCUAACGACACGACGAGUUGGGGACUUGUUGAUUCCUCCAGCUUGAUUGGUUGGACCGGCAACCACGUCGAUAUUGAGCCAUUGAGUCUCGAGAACUCAAUUCUGGGAUCCAGUCGAGGAAUUCACGUCAAGGGCCAAGACGGUGCGAUUGCCAUAUCGACGAUGGGCCAAGUGCUACAGUUGAAGCUGGAAUCUGAAGAAACAAUCCAGCUAGCUCCAUCUAGCGUAGUAGCAUACUCUAUUUCUGAGGCUGGAACGGAGCCCGUUUUCUCCGAGUUAACGAUUCCAAGUCUCGGUGUUGGCUCAAUUGAUCUUUUGACGAAGACAAGAGCUGGCUGGGAACAAUUGAAAUCAUUCACAUCAACGAGGAUAUUAUCUCCAUUGAACUCCAAACUAAAGAUCCCACCUUUAUCGGUAUCGAUACCCUGGCUAGCUCAGAUCAACUUUGGUGCGGUUAAGAAAGUGUGGCGGUAUUUGGGAGGAGCACUACUGAGGCUUACCCCAUUGGGAAGAUCCAGCGAGAAUCGGGUAGUUGAGAUCGCAGGCCCUAGAACGGUGCUAGUGACUAACUAUAUGGUGGGGAAUAGUGGGGCAAGACUAAGCAGAAAAGAAAUCGAGGCUGUAAUCUAG